GAGUGACAUUUAAAUGACAUAUGUCAACAACUGAUCGACUGAUAGUGAAUUCGAUCUGAUGAUACAAAAAUAUAAAGAAACACAUGGUUUUAAUUAUUUUAAAGCAUUUAUUUUAGGCCUGUUAUUUGUAAAUAAAUAUCUUCGUUUAUCUCCAACAUUGAAUAACGAUGUCAGGAAAAAAAUGCAAACACUGUGGCUCUUCAGAAAUAGAAGUAGACCCAGCAAGAGGUGACGCAGUAUGUACUAACUGUGGUUCUGUGUUAGAAGAUAAUAUAAUCGUUGCAGAAGUAGAAUUCCAAGAGAAUGCACAUGGUGGUGCAUCAGCUAUUGGUCAGUUCGUAUCCGCAGAAACAAAAGGAGGAGCUUCAGGUUUUGGAAGAGCUUUCAAUGCUGGUAUUGGACAGGAAUCUAGGGAAGUUACAUUGAGAAAAGCUAGAGAUGGUAUUACAGCAUUGUGCCAACAAUUACGUCUUAACCAGCAAUGCAUUGAUAUAUCCUGUAAUUUUUUCAAAAUGGCUCUUUCAAGACAUCUCACAAUUGGACGUCAAUCAUCCCUUACACAGGCAGCAUGUGUCUACAUGACAUGUAGAACAGAAGGGACAGCUCAUCUCUUAAUAGAUGUCAGUGAUGCCCUUCAGCUGUGCUGCUAUCAGCUUGGACGCACCUACUUCAAAUUAUCUCGAGCACUCUGCAUCAACAUUCCACCAAAUGAUCCUUGCCUUUAUAUUCUUCGUUUUGCAUCUCAAUUGAAAUUUGAAGACAAAAAACACGAGGUCAGCAUGACUGCACUACGCCUGGUGCAGCGAAUGAAGAGAGAUUCCAUUCAUUCCGGUCGGAGACCCUCCGGGGUUUGUGGUGCAGCACUCCUAAUAGCAGCGCGUCUGCACGAUUUCUCCAGAACGACAGCGGACGUAGUGAGAAUUGUCAAGAUACACGAGUCAACACUGCGUAAGCGUCUCAUCGAAUUCGGCGAGACACCGUCCAGUGCACUCACCCUGGACGAGUUUAUGACUGUGGACUUAGAGGAAGAACAGGAUCCACCAGCUUUCAAAGCCGCAAGGAAAAAGGAUAAGGAUCGUUUACAGAAGUUAAUGGAAGAAGAAGAUGGCGAAAAAGAGUUAACCGAGCUGCAAAGGGAUAUAGAGGCUCAGUUAGAUAAGGAUACUAUAAAAAGAAAGAAAACAGCUCUCGUUCAAUGUCCGAUUCCCCCGAUAUUGUCAAUGGACGAAGGUUCAACGGAAGAUGCAGAAGCGUCUCGAUUCGCGACUGAAGAUACGUUGUCACUCAUCGGUGAAAUAACUAAGGACGUACAGCCCAACGAAGGUUCUAAUAUGAAGAAUGAACUUCACUUGGAGAAAGGGCUCGGUCCAGAGUUAGUCGUAAUCGGUUUGGGCCAGCCUGAAGACAAGUCGGAAACGUUCGUCAAACCAGAAGGAAAGCAGCAACUCAACAAGGACUUGCAUAACGCAGAAGAUUUGCACCUCAGCAACCAAGAUGAAGAGUACGUAAGCUCACUCAUCAUGACUGACGAGGAGGCCCGACAUAAGACUCUCUUAUGGCAUAAUAUCAAUGCUGAUUAUUUAAAGGAACAGAAAAUUAAAGAAGAAAUUCGCGCUAGAGAGAAGGAAGAAGGCAAGGAUAAAAAGCGCAAAGUCAGAGGCUCCUACAAGAAGAAGGUUGCGUGUAACGCCGCCACCGCCGGCGAGGCGAUCGGCAAGAUGUUGGCCGAAAAGAAAAUGAGCUCCAAAAUCAACUACGAUAUUCUUAAGACGCUGGACCAGCCAGGUACAGCAGCGAGUCCGACCACGGCAGCUGAACCAGCCCCGCAGAGCCAACCGACACGACAGGAGCCAGUAACACCGACGGUGAUGGAGACGGUAGUGGAGACAGCGGUCCCGGCCUCGCCCGUGCCCCGCAAACGUAAGAAGAAGCCCGCCCCCACGUUCAACACGGCGCCCGCCACCCCCGGGCCCGCCACACCCGCGCGCGUCUCGUCCGCCCCCGCCACCCCCGCGUCUGACAACCCCGCGCAGACACAAGAUGCAGCAGAUGAUUACGACGAAGACUUGGAAGCUGAAGAAACAGCCCCGGAUGUCAGCGAACAGAUGUCUCUCGCCGCGAUGCUGAAAAAUGGAGACGACGACGAUUACUACGACUACGACGAAUACUAGCGAUGUAUUAGUUUAUAUUAAUAUUUAUUAUUAGUAACGCUUGAAUAUAAUAUUUGUAUAAGCGAAACAUAAGGGAUGUUAUGGAUUAAUUAAAAAAAAAAAUCUUCAUGAUUUUCCUCAAACGUCCACUGUUGGACAAAGGUCUCUCUCAAGGAUUUCCACGAUAGCCGGUCUUGCGCUAUCCCCUCCAACGGCUGCCCACGACCCUUGCAAUAUCGUCGGUCCACCUUAUAGGGGGAAAUAGGCCGCCCAAACUGCGUCUUCCGAUUCUUGGUCGCCAUUCAAGAACCUAUUUACCCCAGCGGCCGUCAGUUCCGUGAGCGAUGAGCCUCGCCCACUGCCACUUCCAUUCAACAAUGCUUAAAGAAAUCAAACAAGUUUCUUAGGAAAAAAUAUCACAGCAUUUUUAAUACAAUUAGUAUAAGAGUGUAUCGGUAGUGAGUAGUGACUGUUAAAUAUUAGUCGAAAGACAUUCGAACAGUGCUUUGUACAAUUUUGUGCCUUCUCAACGAAGAGAUCGCUUUACAGUUAUACAGAGAAUCUCAAUGUCAAAAAUUAACGCCUUCAAACAUUAAUUGCCUUUAAAUUGAAUGGAUAUUACAAAGCAAUACAUAACUUACGUAAUAUAUGGUUGUUUUUUAUAUUUUUAUAAAAUUUAAUAAGGAAAAGUAUUUUUAAAGGUAGUAUGUAGCGGAAAUUAUGUUUAUAACGAAUAUAAAAAAGGAGUAAUGAUAGUGAAAUAAAAGUUAAGAACUCGCUACUCUUAAAGUAAGUAGAACAUAUAUAUCUCUGCUCUAUGUAGCUUAUGUAGGAUUAUGGAACGCUAGUAACGCUCGCGUCCAUGAAUAUUACGACAAGUAAGGAAAUAACAAACAAGGGAGAUUAAAAUUAAUUUAAAUAUAAUAAUAAACAGAUCAUUCAAAUCCACAGUAGCAUUAAUUAAAUACGAAUUACAUUACAAGAAAUUGUAGAUCUGAGAACAUUUGUGUUUAUCGAUCAGCGUCUCACCGUACUUGUAUGUAUUGUAUGUUUGAAAUUAAUCUGUGGUAUUACUCAUACAAGUAAUACCACAGAUUAUUUAGAUCUCGACCAAAGGUGACAUGUCAAUUCAAUGGUAUGAUUUUUAGCUAAUUUAACUCUGCCAUUGGAAUCGAAUAUGCUAUUAUAAGCUAUAACGCUUAACAAUGUUAGUAUAGAAGACUUUCUUGAAAUUCGUAAUAUUUAUGGAUACUUCCAUAUUUAAAUAUUUUUAAGGUUAAGGUUAUAUUAUCCUAAAUAAUAGACUGUUAAUGAUAUGUUAUUUAUGAAAAAGUUAGGAACAGAUGAAUGUGGAGUUAAUUAAUUAUGUUAAUAUGUUAUCAUAUUUAACUUAAAAAUAAAAUAUGAAUGUAAAAGGAUUUGUAUACCUAUAAAACCUUUUUCGUUUUAUUUUUAAACGCUACCAAAGGUUUAUUCAGUACCGUCUUGGUUUUGUAGCCAUUUUUUUCUGGCGUGUAUUAAGUAUGGAUAAAGAAAAUUUUCGUUAAGCUAGGAACUAAACUAGUUGUAGUAAUUUUAAAUGGAUGUAGCUUAGAAUGUUUAACGUGAUUUUGGUCGUUAUAAUUACCGUAAUUACCACGAGGUGAAAAGAAACACAAACGAUUAUGUGGGUUAAAUUACAAAACAAUUUAUUCGUUUCAUAUUACUAUUUUUUUUAAUAAUAUUCAUGUAGCAACAUUUAUUUUUAUAAAUACAUCUUAUAAUUUACUUCUGUUAUAUUUUUCAUUCUAACAAAGAAUGUUAACAUGUUAUGUAAACUACUUUAGAUCUCAACCAAGCGAUUUUAUAAGACUAAUAAAAAUUAUAUGAAAUAUAAGUAUUACUCUAUUUGUAUUGUUACUGCGUAAUCUUAAAAUUAUAUACGUACCUUAAUAAACGGCCGAUUUUUAAAUUUGGCAACACAACUGGUAACAUAAUAAAUUGUGGUCAAAAAACAAUGUCUUACAUACAAAAUGUAUUGUCUAUUUUGUUGGCCCUUAAUUCGCCUGGAGCCGAUCCUGGGUGCAGAAUCAGGCCAUGAUUAUCAUAAAAUGCAUUGUCAUCAGAACUAAACCAAAAAAAUUCAAAUCCGUAGAAUAAGAGGAAGUGAUUCUAACUCAGCUUGCCUAAUAAAACAAAAUUGCAAGUAAAACGACAGCCUGUAAAAAAUAUAAGACAAAACAUGCUUAACAACAAAGUGUCACAUACAAAUUGUGCCUAAAUGAAAUUGUAUAAUAAUAUUGGAUGUAUUUUUUGUAUUACUUAAGUUCAAAUAAGUUAUUGUUUUGUUUUUCAUACGUUCCAUUGCAAUGGAAUGAAGUGUAGAUGAGAUUUACCAUGACUAUUAAUCUACCUAUUAUAUUAUGAGUUGUAUGUGACUCCGUAAUAAUGAAAUUAUAAUUACUACUUCCUAUUUUUUGCAAUAUUUUGUUAAUUAUAGGACAACUAAAGCAUUCGAGUAGGUUGCAAUUUGCAUCUGAAUUUGAUAGCAACAAACAAUUAUAUUUCAAGCUCUAAUAAUAGUGA